CAGCCCCGUCGCCGGCGGAGGCGGGCGCGGGCGCGUCCCUGUGGCCAGUCACCCGGCGGAGUUGGUCGCACAAUUAUGAAAGACUCAGUUUCUGCUGCUAGUGCCGGAGCUGAGUUAGUUCUGAGAAGGUUUCCCUGGGCUGUCCUUGUCCGGCGGCCUCUGCUGCCGCCUCCGGAGACGCUUCCCGAUAGAUGGCUACAGGCCGCGGAGGAGGAGGAGGUGGAGUUGCUGCCCUUCCGGAGUCCGCCCCGUGAGGAGAAUGUCCCAGAAAUCCUGGAUAGAAAGCACUUUGACCAAGAGGGAAUGUGUAUACAUUAUACCAAGUUCAAAAGACCCUCACAGGUGCCUUCCAGGAUGUCAAAUUUGUCAACAACUCGUCAGGUGUUUUUGUGGUCGCUUGGUCAAGCAACAUGCUUGUUUUACUGCAAGUCUUGCCAUGAAAUACUCAGAUGUGAAAUUGGGUGACCAUUUUAAUCAGACAUUAGAAGAGUGGUCUGUGGAAAAACAUACAGAACAGAGCCCAACGGAUGCUUAUGGAGUCAUAAAUUUUCAAGGGGGUUCUCAUUCCUACAGAGCUAAGUAUGUGAGGCUAUCAUAUGACACCAAACCUGAAGUCAUUCUACAACUUCUGCUUAAAGAAUGGCAAAUGGAAUUACCCAAACUUGUUAUCUCUGUACACGGUGGCAUGCAGAAAUUUGAGCUUCACCCACGAAUCAAGCAGUUGCUUGGAAAGGGUCUUAUUAAAGCUGCAGUUACAACUGGAGCCUGGAUUUUAACAGGAGGAGUAAACACAGGUGUGGCAAAACAUGUUGGUGAUGCCCUUAAAGAACAUACUUCCAGAUCAUCUCGAAAGAUUUGCACUAUCGGAAUAGCUCCGUGGGGAGUGAUUGAAAACAGAAAUGAUCUUGUUGGGAGAGAUGUGGUUGCUCCUUACCAAACGUUAUUGAACCCUCUGAGCAAAUUGAAUGUUCUGAAUAAUCUACAUUCCCAUUUCAUAUUGGUGGAUGAUGGCACUGUUGGAAAGUAUGGGGCAGAAGUCAGACUGAGAAGAGAACUUGAAAAAACUAUUAAUCAGCAAAGAAUUCAUGCUAGAAUUGGUCAAGGUGUUCCUGUGGUGGCACUUAUAUUUGAGGGUGGGCCAAACGUUAUCCUCACAGUUUUAGAAUACCUUCAGGAAAGUCCUCCUGUUCCAGUCGUCGUAUGUGAAGGAACAGGCAGGGCUGCAGAUCUACUAGCAUAUAUUCAUAAACAGACAGAAGAAGGAGGGAAUCUUCAUGAUGCAGCAGAGCCUGAUAUUAUUUCAACCAUCAAAAAAACAUUUAACUUUGGCCAGAGUGAAGCAGUUCAUUUAUUUCAAACACUGAUGGAAUGUAUGAAAAGGAAGGAGCUCAUUACUGUUUUCCACAUUGGAUCAGAGGAACAUCAAGAUAUAGAUGUAGCAAUACUUACUGCACUGCUUAAAGGCACUAAUGCAUCUGCAUUUGACCAGCUCAUCCUUACAUUGGCAUGGGAUAGAGUUGACAUUGCCAAAAAUCAUGUAUUUGUUUAUGGACAGCAGUGGCUGGUUGGAUCCUUGGAACAAGCUAUGCUUGAUGCUCUUGUAAUGGAUAGAGUUGCAUUUGUAAAACUUCUUAUUGAAAAUGGAGUAAGCAUGCAUAAAUUCCUUACCAUUCCUAGACUGGAAGAACUUUACAACACUAAACAAGGCCCAACUAAUCCAAUGCUAUUUCAUCUUGUUCGAGAUGUCAAACAGGGGAAUCUUCCUCCAGGAUAUAAGAUCACUCUAAUUGAUAUAGGACUUGUUAUUGAAUAUCUUAUGGGAGGAACCUAUAGAUGCACCUACACUCGGAAACGUUUUCGAUUAAUAUAUAAUAGUCUUGGUGGAAAUAAUCGGAGGUCUGGCAGAAAUACCUCCAGCAGCACUCCUCAAUUGCGAAAGAGUCAGGAAUCUUUUGGCAAUAGAGCAGAUAAAAAGGAAAAAAUGAGGCAUAAUCAUUUCAUUAAAACAGCACAGCCCUACCGACCAAAGAUUGAUACAGCUGUGGAAGAAGGAAAGAAGAAAAGAACCAAAGAUGAAAUUGUAGAUAUUGAUGAUCCAGAAACCAAGCGCUUUCCUUAUCCACUUAAUGAACUGCUAAUUUGGGCUUGCCUUAUGAAGAGGCAGGUCAUGGCCCGUUUUUUGUGGCAGCAUGGUGAAGAAUCAAUGGCUAAAGCAUUAGUUGCCUGUAAGAUCUAUCGUUCAAUGGCAUAUGAAGCAAAGCAGAGUGACCUCGUAGAUGAUACUUCAGAGGAAUUGAAACAAUAUUCCAAUGAUUUUGGUCAACUGGCAGUUGAAUUAUUAGAACAAUCCUUCAGACAAGAUGAAACCAUGGCUAUGAAAUUGCUCACUUACGAACUGAAAAAUUGGAGUAAUUCCACGUGUCUUAAGUUAGCAGUUUCUUCAAGACUUAGACCUUUUGUAGCCCACACCUGUACACAAAUGUUGUUAUCUGAUAUGUGGAUGGGAAGGCUGAAUAUGAGGAAAAAUUCCUGGUACAAGGUCAUACUAAGCAUUUUAGUUCCACCUGCCAUAUUAAUGUUAGAAUAUAAAACUAAGGCUGAAAUGUCUCAUAUUCCACAAUCUCAAGAUGCUCAUCAAAUGACAAUGGAAGACAGUGAGAACAACUUUCAAAACAUAACAGAAGAGAUUCCCAUGGAAGUAUUUAAAGAAGUAAGAAUAUUGGACAGGAAUGAAGGGAAGAAUGAAUUGGAGAUACAAAUAAAAUCAAAAAAGCUUCCAAUCACACGGAAGUUUUAUGCCUUUUAUCAUGCACCAAUUGUAAAAUUCUGGUUUAACACGUUGGCAUACUUAGGAUUUCUGAUGCUUUAUACAUUUGUCGUUCUUGUACAAAUGGAACAAUUACCUUCAGUUCAAGAAUGGAUUGUUAUUGCUUAUAUUUUUACCUAUGCUAUUGAGAAAGUCCGUGAGAUCUUUAUGUCUGAAGCUGGAAAAAUAAGCCAGAAGAUUAAAGUGUGGUUUAGUGAUUACUUCAAUAUCAGUGAUACAAUUGCCAUAAUUUCUUUCUUCAUUGGAUUUGGACUAAGAUUUGGAGCAAAAUGGAACUUUGAGAAUGCAUAUGAUAAUCAUGUUUUUGUGGCUGGAAGAUUAAUUUACUGUCUUAACAUAAUAUUUUGGUAUGUGCGUUUGCUAGAUUUUCUAGCUGUAAAUCAACAGGCAGGACCUUAUGUAAUGAUGAUUGGAAAAAUGGUGGCCAAUAUGUUCUACAUUGUAGUGAUUAUGGCUCUUGUAUUACUUAGUUUUGGUGUUCCCAGAAAGGCAAUACUUUAUCCUCGCGAAGCACCAUCUUGGACUCUUGCUAAAGACAUAGUUUUUCAUCCAUACUGGAUGAUUUUUGGUGAAGUUUAUGCAUAUGAAAUUGAUGUUUGUGCAAAGGAUUCCACUAUCACUGAAAUCUGUGGUCCUGGGACAUGGUUGACUCCAUUUCUUCAAGCAGUCUACCUCUUUGUACAGUAUAUCAUUAUGGUCAAUCUUCUUAUUGCAUUUUUCAACAAUGUGUAUUUACAAGUGAAGGCAAUUUCCAAUAUUGUAUGGAAGUACCAACGUUAUCAUUUUAUUAUGGCUUAUCACGAGAAACCAGUUCUGCCUCCACCACUUAUCAUUCUCAGCCAUAUAGUUUCUCUGUUUUGCUGCAUAUGUAAAAGAAGAAAAAAAGACAAGACUUCGGAUGGACCAAAACUUUUUUUAACAGAAGAAGAUCAAAAGAAACUUCAUGAUUUUGAAGAGCAGUGUGUUGAGAUGUAUUUUAAUGAAAAAGAUGACAAAUUCCAUUCUGGAAGUGAAGAGAGAAUUCGUGUCACUUUUGAAAGAGUGGAGCAGAUGUCCAUUCAGAUUAAAGAAGUUGGAGAUCGCGUCAACUAUAUCAAAAGAUCAUUACAAUCAUUAGAUUCUCAAAUUGGCCAUUUGCAAGAUCUUUCGGCCCUGACUGUAGAUACAUUAAAAACACUCACUGCCCAGAAAGCUUCAGAAGCUAGCAAAGUUCACAAUGAAAUCACACGAGAAUUGAGCAUUUCCAAACAUUUGGCUCAAAACCUUAUUGAUGAUGGUCCUGUAAGACCUUCUGUAUGGAAAAAGCACAGUGUUGUAAAUACACUUAGCUCCUCUCUUCCUCAAGGUGGUCUUGAAAGUAAUAAUCCUUUUCUUUGUAAUAUUUUUAUGAAAGAUGAAAAAGAUUCCCAAUUUAACAUAUCAGGUCAGGAUUUACCUGUAAUACCCCAGAGAAAAGAAUUCAAUUUUCCAGAGGCUGGUUCCUCUUGUGGUGCCUUAUUCCCAAGUGCUGUCUCUCCUCCAGAACUGCGACAGAGACAACAUGGAGUAGAAACCUUAAAAAUGUUUAGUAAAAAUCAAAAAUCAGGCAGUUCGUCUAAUAGCAUACCACAUCUAUCAUCCCCACCAACCAAAUUUUUUGUUAGUACACCAUCCCAGCCAAGUUGCAAAAGCCACUUGGAAACUAUAACCAAAGAUCAAGAAACUGUUUGUUCUAAAGCUGCAGAAGGAGAUAAUGUAGAAUUUGGAGCAUUCGUAGGACACAGAGAUAGCAUGGAUUUACAGAGGUUUAAAGAAACGUCAAACAAGAUAAAAGAAAUAUUAUCCAAUGAUAUUCCUUCUGAAAACACUCUGAAACAUGUGAGUUCUCAUGCUGGAUUUACUGAGUGUCACAAAACUUCUGUUCCUCUUCAUUCAGAGCAAGUGGAAAGUAACAGUAGAAGGCCAUCUAUAGAAGACAGUCAUGAAGUAGAUUCCAAAGCAGCUUUACUACCGGAUUGGCUACAAGAUAGACCAUCAAAUAGAGAAAUGCCAUCUGAAGAAGGAACGUUGAAUGGUCUUGCUUCUCCAUUUAAACCAGUUAUGGAUACAAAUUACUAUUACUCAGCUGUGGAAAGAAAUAACUUGAUGAGAUUAUCCCAGAGCAUUCCAUUUACACCUGUGCCUCCAAGAGGUGAGCCUGUCACAGUGUAUCGCUUGGAAGAGAGUUCUCCCAACAUACUGAAUAACAGCAUGUCUUCGUGGUCACAGCUAGGCCUCUGUGCCAAAAUAGAGUUUUUAAGUAAAGAGGAGAUGGGAGGAGGUUUACGAAGAGCUGUCAAAGUACAGUGUACUUGGUCAGAACAUGAUAUCCUCAAAUCAGGACAUCUUUAUAUUAUCAAAUCUUUUCUUCCUGAGGUGGUUAAUACAUGGUCAAGUAUUUAUAAAGAAGAUACAGUUCUGCAUCUUUGUCUUAGAGAAAUUCAACAACAGAGAGCAGCACAAAAGCUCACAUUUGCCUUCAACCAAAUGAAACCCAAAUCCAUACCAUAUUCUCCAAGGUUCCUUGAAGUUUUCCUGCUGUAUUGCCAUUCAGCAGGACAGUGGUUCGCUGUGGAAGAAUGUAUGACUGGAGAAUUUAGAAAAUACAACAACAAUAAUGGUGAUGAGAUUAUUCCAACAAAUACACUGGAAGAGAUCAUGCUAGCCUUUAGCCAUUGGACUUAUGAAUAUACAAGAGGGGAGUUACUGGUACUUGAUUUACAAGGUGUGGGUGAAAAUUUGACUGACCCAUCUGUGAUAAAGGCAGAAGAAAAGAGAUCCUGUGAUAUGGUUUUUGGCCCAGCAAACCUAGGAGAAGAUGCAAUAAAAAACUUCAGAGCAAAACAUCACUGUAAUUCUUGCUGUAGAAAGCUUAAACUUCCAGAUCUGAAGAGGAAUGACUAUACACCUGACAAAAUUAUAUUUCCUCAGGAUGAGCCUUCUGAUUUGACUCUUCAGCCUGGAAAUUCCACCAAAGAAUCAGAAUCAACUAAUUCUAUUCGUCUGAUGUUAUAAUAUUACUGAAUCAUUGGUUUUGCCUACAUCUCACAAAAAUGUUACUGUCACUUUUCAUUUAGGAGGGAACUGUUUGGUAAUAAAGAAAAGCGUGUGCUAAUUGAAUAUGCUGAACUGGCACAUUUAAAAGGUCAAUAUUCUUUUGACCUGAUUAAAUUAGUCGGGAACUCCCUAUACAAUACAGCUGGCAGCUGUUAAAUUUUAAAGGUAAAGAAAAAUUAGUAUUUAUAACUUUUUAAAGGGCUCUUUUUAACAGAGGAUUUCAUUUGACUUUGUUCUGAUGAGGGUAAUACCCUCUCUUCAUGUGGUGCAAUACCAUUAACCAAAGUUAGGUGUCCGUGCAGAUUUAUUGGCAGCUGGUUUACUGCCAUUCAGCUAGCAAAAUGAAGAAAUCACCCAGUCUUUUGGUUAAAUGGCAGUCAGGUGUCUUCCUCAGUGUGUUUCAGUGUGUUCAGUGAUGAUGUCACUAGUGCCCAGCUAGAUGCUUGUUUCCCAUCUCAUGGGAAAGGAGAUGGCUUGUUACAAUUCUAGAUCUACAGGGAUAUAGAAAGCCCAAGCAGAAAACCAUUUUCUAAGAGGGACCUUAUGAAUCAGGGUUAGGCUCCUAUUUAAAAGGUAGAGCCAGUUUUUUCGUUAAAUAGAGCCCAAAUUGUGCAAAGUAUUAGUGUGUUUUUUUUUUUUUAAAACAUUGUUAAGUAGAAGAAAGCCAUGGUAGACUGGUAUAACCUAAAUAUAUCAAAGGAGAAACUUAACUCACUGUCCAAGAGAAGUUACCCUGUGAGAAAAGUUAAAGUGCUUUUUUCUUAUCUAUAUCUACUAUAGUUACAACUUGGAAGUUACAUACUUCUCAAAAGAUUUUAUUGACCAGUAUAUCAAAUCAGAAUGUAAACAUGAAUUCUUGCAUAUAUUUAAAAUUGUGUAGGAACAUCUGAACAUGAAUAUUGUUUGUGGUACUUAAGAAAUUGAAUUGGAUUAUCAUUUUGUGAUGUUGGGAGAUUGCAAUGCAACUUUAUGCCAAUAAAAUGUAAUUUAACUGCCCCAGAUAUUGUUGAAUAUUCAACAACAAGAAAAGCUUUCAAUCCGUCUGAAGUACUGUGCUUUGACUAUUUUUCUUUCUUUUUUUUUCCCCUAGGUACUAAUUUUAAUUUUUAUUUGGGAGGGAGCAGUGUAAAUCUUAUUUGUAUUCAGUAGUGUAUCUCAUAGAUACAGACAAGGGAAAAAGAGAUAAGCUGUUCAAAUAGUGUUUAAUAUUGAUGGGGGGGGAGAAAGAAAAAAUGUAUUAAAGAUAUUAUACUAUAUACAUUUUGUAUGUCAUUAAAUCUUUAAAAGAAAUUAAAUAAAUUUAUUCUUGUUUAAA